CAUCCACAGCUCCGCCCCAUUGGUUCAGAUAAUAGAAAGGCGGGGCUGUUUUUUCCAGCUCUCUGGAGCUAUGAAAGUUGUCAUGGCGAUCCCUUUACUAUGACAAGAAGCAUGCUUUCUUUGAAGGAUGACAUGUCACUCGAAACCAGCUUACCCCAUGAAGAUGGAGAUCCAGAGAUUCCUAGUUUGAAGUCCAAGUUACAGCUCAAGCAGCUUGGAGCUCUCUUUGUGACUGCACUGACCCAGCAAGAAGAUGGAGCCGAAGAUGGAGCCAGUGUGUCUGCCUGGGAGUACUUGCUGACCUAUUUGGAGAGCACACUAUCAAGAAGUCAAGUGAACCAACUUUCAGAACUCCCCGAGACUCAGCAUUACAUUCACAGAGCACUAAAGCAUGUUCAAAAACACUCGGAAAAUCUUGGACAACUUGAAAUCAUCAAUCGCUUAUCUAAACUUUUUCCUGUAAUUGUUGAACGUUUGAAAGAGACAAUUUUUUUAGUUUCCUCUGACGUAACCACACAGACAAUUAAGCGUAAGCGAGCUGCUACCACCAAUUCUUUUAACUCGUCUUCACCACUACAUUCCUAUUGUCCAUUAAAGCUCCCUGCUACAUUUAGAGGACCAUCCGUACAACUGAAUGAGCUUCUACCAGCAGCUAACAAAGUAUCAGUUGAGUUCUAUGAUGUGGAAAAGAACUUUGCUCACACAUUUCCCACAGUCCCGCUAACACAACAUAGUGCUAGGGUAACUCAAAGAUCUCAUCGCAAAACCAAAUCAACCCCUGGUAUUAUGAUUGUUGAGCCAAGAGCUAUGCUUGUUCCAAUGCUCGCUUCAGAAAUACAAGAUGAACAUUUUUCACGUUCUGAUGCUCGCACCCUGUUUCCAAAGAAACAAAUAAGAUCUCCGAGGAAGAAUAUUGAAAAAGGAGCCAGUCAAGUAUCUGAGAUGAGGAGCGUGUAUGAUGUUAUCGAAGCAUUUUCUACUGGGAAACUCAAGUCCGAAUCUGAGUCCAUCUACUUUAACUAUACUAACUCUGAUAAAUGGAAUCCAUAUGACCUGACUAUUGUACCUAAAAGGAAAGUACAGUCAGAACAUUUUGUAGUAUCCAAGUUUGGAAUCCUUCAAGUACACCCUGAUGGAACAUCAGACUUGCAAAGUUUUGCAGGCUGGUUGAGAGAAGCCAGUUUUUACAAAAUGCUGAGGAGAAGUCCAUUUUUGAAAACCUAUUUGGUUCGACGUGCCUUCAAGCAGUGGUAUGGCAAUGUACGGUUUGCUCAAUUUGCCCGAUUCCAUAGACAGGUAGCAAGACUUUCGAUUCGAUUUCUACCUGAUUUUGCUAGUGCUCUGCUCAAAAUCCAAUCUCUCAGUGAAGAAUUGCUGACUGUGCCUUUUCACCAACUUGUGCCUCUAUCGAACUAUGAUCAAGAAACACUGGAGCAAGCUAUACAGGGCUCACUGUCAAAGGCUCAACGACUACUACACAAAUAUUUCAAAUAUUGCAGACGUUUUAUCAUGGAAGUUAUAAAGACAACUAUUAGUCAGGUCAUUAUUUUUGAGACAGAUAGACGGCAUAAGCCAUUCGUAUCCGAUCUUCCACUGAGUGUACAAAAAGAUAAAUUUUCACAGUUGGAAAAAGAUUUAAAAGCAGCCAAGUAUCAAGCGAGCAAUCUUGCUAACUUCGUUUGUCUUGCAGAAUAUAUUUUGUCCACUUGCAUACUCACACUGUCCAAGCAUGGAGCUCAAUCUUGGAUAGAUACUGUUCUUACUAAAGAAGAAGACAGAGUCAAUUUCACACCAGAAUUUAGCAGCAUUGUAUCCAGUGAGACAAGACUGAGCCAUACUUUUUGCAGCGCAGUGGAUACUGAGUCCAAGCAGCUUCCUUCUGGUAGAUCAAGCCCCAAUGCAGAUGCUUUCCUGUUGACCUCGUUUGAACUCAAUGAAACAGGAGAGCUGUGUGUUCAUCCUUUGCCUUCAGACUUGAAGGGUCUCAUAGCUGGCCAACUGCAAAGGAUCUGCUCAAUCCUCUCGUCAGUUGUAGCCCCUCUCACCAAGUCAACUGCAGCACAAAAAUCUAUAAGCAGGGACGAGCAUCAGCCCACCAACGAUUCAAACCCUCAGUACUCGAUCCCCCAAGCAGCCCCUCCGUCAAUGGCCCCCUCUAGACAGCCCAGGUCCCUCUUGACAGUCUUAAAGGGUAUCAGUGGAGACAACAGGGCUGAUGGCAUGAUGACCAGUGAGAGAGCGCGCAGUGAGCUCAGUGAGGUCACCACCAGGCUGCUCAGUGGUGCAGGGGAGAGAGCAGAUGUGUUAGUUACACAGGGUUCACCACUGGAGACCGACAAAUUUGUGGACAAAAUUAAGACAGAUGAGGUGUUCUUGAAUUGUGUGACAACCAUUGAGACUGCUGUUGAGAGAGUGUGUGUUGAGCUCAGAGAGAUGUGCUCUCAGUACAGCUGGUUGAGUGAUGUGUGGAAAUUCAUCACUGCUUGGGAUGGCAACGAGAAGAUUGCUAGUAUGACAGCAGAUAAGUAUGAGGUAGUACUCUCCCAGCUGCAUGAGUGGACUGAUCUGGUUGCUCAGUUGCCCCCCAGACUCCCCACCUCCUACUCUCUACUCAGUGUCUCCACGAUCCCUGUUGCGGAGCGAGUGGGGCCUCAGCUGGCCGCUAUGUUGGAGGAGCUCACAGCAGUUGGGAUGCAGCGUGCAAUGGCUCUUUGUAAGAAGGUGCUUGAGGAUAUCAAGCAACGGGUUGAAGUGCUGUCUGCUAAGAGAUAUGAUCUGGAGGGAUUUGCUGAGUAUACGCAUCAGUUGCGAGAGUGCCAAUCAUUUAACAAGAGUGAAGCAGACAACAUAGACUAUGUCCUAAGAGUUCACAAUAGCUUGCUGCAUCAUGGCGUGUGUAUACCAAAAGAUGAUAACGCUCUCAGCAUGAAAUUGCAAUUGGCGUGGCAUGCAUUUCGAGGCAAGCUAAAAGAGGCUGAGGUGUUUGUCACAGCUCAAACUCCAAUGAAGGCACAAGGACUCCAGGAGAGUAUUGAGGCAUGUGUUGAAGACCUGUCGGCUCUUGUGAGGCAGGUCAAUGAGGGCGAAUUUAUCAAUCCUGCGGCUAUCCCUAAUGAGCUGCUUGAUGAACUGAAGCUGAUCCAGGAGAGUGUGUUGGCAGUGCGAUCACGACUGUUGGGCCUCAGUAAGUGGAAGGAGGCCAUCACUGGACAGCCACACGACCUCUCAGGGGUUAGCAGUUUGAUGAAUCAACAGUAUAUGCGCCAGGAGUUGUGGAAGUAUCGUAGAGUAUUUGACACGUACGAGAGAGAAUGGGUCAAAACGCCGUUCAAGAAACUGGACAUUAACCAUCUAUCCCAAAAGGUUUCAGACUGGUUGACAGCUUGUACCAAGCUGGAGAGAACACUGUCUCCUGAUGAUCCAGUGGUGAGUGCAUGGAGAGAGAGACUACAAGAGUUCAAAGGCAGGAUACCGCUACUCCAACAACUAUCAUCUAAAGCUCUCAAGGCUUCCCAUUGGUACACAAUAUUUGCUUCACUGGGCGAAGACUACAAUGCAGACUACCCAUACACACUGGUAGACUUUGAUCUCUACAAGAUGUACGAUCAUUCUGACAUUAUAUUCGAGAUUUGUCACGAUGCCAUGCAACAAGAGAAACUUAGAGCCAAGGUUGACAAACUACAAUCAUUACUUGAGCAAAAGACGAUUGCCGUUAACCAGUUUCCAAUUGAGCGCUAUCCAUUUGCCGUUUCCAAAAAGUCAGUAGACACCUCUGUGCCCCAUCGACAGGCCACCAUAUCACCACGCAAAACAUCUCAAGUACCGCGAAAGGUUGCCGUACCAAACACUCCAUCAAAAACAACAUUCUCUGUUGGUUUCCAUGGCUUAACUAAAGACUCUGCUACCCUGGACUGCCUGUUUACCAUAGAACAUCAGAACCAGCUGUGUUUGUGGCUAGAGGACAAACUGAUACAGAUGAAGGUGUUGCUUUCCUCCCCUCAUCUUGGGAACUUGAAGUCCAGGGGAGAGCAUUUAUUAAAGACUCUCACCGAGCUGCAGGAGAUUGUCAUGAUGCUGUCACAGUGUCAGGAUAAGUGGUGUGAGCUUCUAUCAUUAUUCUCUCAAAUGGACGAAGACCAGUACAGCAGCUCUGGCCUGACUGAGCUACAGCAAGGUAGCUCCAAGUACCAGGAGAUUGUUAUGAGCAUACGAGAUGACCCUAGACUACUCUCUCUAAUGGGGAAGAGAAGGGGACAGAAAGGAUUCAGAGAUCUGCAAGGAGAGCAUCUUAGGCAACGGAUUCAUGACAUGGAGUCAGUUUUGGAGAUUGUGAUACACAAAGUUCAGGGACGUCUCAAGGAGAGCUGUGUCCAGUUCCCUCGUCUUUACUACCUAUCAGACAAAGAUAUCCUUCAACUUCUUUCCAACAAUGGGAGACCCAUUUCCAUCAUGCCAUUGCUAAGCAGGGUGUUCCCCGCUAUUAAAGGUAUGCAACUGUCUGAAGUGGUUCCCAACCAGAGCUCCACCACAUUUCGAAAGCUGGCCUCAAAGAGUGAAGAAGGGCUCCAGGUUAUGCUGGUCGAAGGGUGGGGUGGGGAGCAGUUGCCUCUCUCUGUUCCCCUCCCCCUCGGGAGAAGACUUGCCCCUCAGUGGCUGAACGCUCUAGAGGGAGCUAUCUCCUACUCACUGGCUGCAAGCCUCACCAACACCAUCGCCAGUUUGCCGGACUGUCUAAUGGGAAUGAGUGGCAGUGCACCAACUGAUGCUGCUAUCAUUGGAUGGGUGAGCAGCAACCUUAGCCAGUGUGUUCAACUAUCACUAGAGCUCUGCUGGACCUCUGCCAUUCAUUCUGCACUACUCAGUGAAGAGCCGGUGACUGAGCUCAAGCAAACGAGGUCUAGGCUUUCAAAUACUAUAGAGUUUAUCACUGAAUUGGUUCGAUCUCUGGGCAGAGAUUCUGGAAAGGGCACGGUCAAACGCUCAAGCUUUGUUGUGCUACAGAAUUUGAUCCUUAUACUCAUGCAUAAGACUGGAAUCCUUAAAGCCAUUCUUGACACUAAGUUAGCUGCUGUGAGCUGCUUCAAUUGGAGGUAUCGCAUUCUCUACUCAACGGACACAGACACACUCUAUCAAGACCAUUGUAAGAUCCAGAUAGAACGAAGCUUGGCCUCCUCUUUUUCAAGCCUAGCUCCAAGCUCUAAGCUUACUGGCAAAGCAGCAUCGUUAGGCUACAGAUUACAGAAUUCCUCCCGUAAUUUAGUCGCCUCCAGCAAGAGCUUGCUGUCCUCUAAAAAUAACUUGCUGUCAACUACCAAAGCCACUAACGAACAUAAGAGUUCCGCAACUUCUUCGAUUGUGCUGACAACUGAACUAACCUCGAGCAGACGUUCUGUCCCAACAAAAUGCAUGGUCCACUGUGGCGAGAGCAUAGUGCCAUACGGAUUUGAGUAUCUGAGUCUGGACAGUAGACUGGUGCUCGCCCCUGAAUCAGAGGCCUGCAUUCUCUCCAUGGUCAAUUCCCUGGCUCAAUUCAACUCUUGCUCACUUCACGGGGGACCAGUGUCAGGGAAGACAGAGACAGGGAGAGAAAUUGCGAAGGUGGUUGGAAGGCACUGCCAGGAGUUCCGAUGCUCCCCUGAGACCACCCUCUCUACCGUACACCGGCUAUUAACUGGGGCUGUUCAGACGGGAUCUCUACUGCUGAUAGACAACUUUGUUGAUCUCAAAUUGGAGGUGAUGAUCUUGCUAGGAGAGUGGCUGCGUUCACUGAGCUUGUUGUUUGCAAAAGCUUUUAGAGGAACGCUAUCAGAACAAGAAGAAGCUCAAAGUGAUGCAGGUCUCACAAAUGUUGAAAGUACUUCAACUAUUGGCCCCAUUAGUUUAUUCAAUCAUCAGCAGUCAUUCAAAGCUUCCUCCAACCAUUUUCAUAUCCCCAAGCUACCAUCUAACAAAACUUUGACAUCACAGACAGAUGAUCCGUUGACCACUUCAUCUCUUAGCCACCAUUUGUCUCGUAUGCCUGGCCACGGGAUAGCAGCAUCGUCGAGCAACAAGACAUCCACCCCUUUCCCCUCACACAGAACCGAGACUCCUUCACAAUACCAUCACUCGUCUAUGUCCGGGAGAACCAGUCGAGCCACCACAAGAAUGGACUGGUACAAGAUGGUCGAGGAUGAGGCCGAAUGGUUUGGGUAUGGUGGAGCACCUAAAGAGGAGCUUGAGUUUACUGGUGAUCUGCUCAGAGCAAGCCCCGCAUUUGGUUGUGUGCUAAUCAGUUCUUCAAAUGUACAGAGUCGAUUUGAAAUCCCUCAUCAGCUAAGGGUUGCUCUGCGUAGUGUGGGGGUGAUGCCGCCUGAUCUCUCAUGGGUCACUGAAGUUCUAUUGCUGAGUAACGGUUUCAAAUCAGCACACAACCUGAGCAGAAGCUUUUCAAAGUUUUGGCAGGUCUUCGGAUACCAAAUUUCUUCAAACAGUCUUAAUGUGUCUCCACCACCCUCAACUGUCAACCUACAUGCUUUGAAGCUUAUUAUCAACCAGGCAGCCUCAGUCCUCCACAAUACUUCUGACCCUGGUCUCUCCGAGAGGAAGAUCCUGGUCGGCUCUAUUAAGCAGUACUUCUCCCCUCAACUAACCCAUCCGGGAGAGACAGAGCAGAGAGAAGAGAUCGGGGAGCCUAUCAGUACCACCUACGAGCUGGCCACUUGGAACAAGCUGAACCAAUUACUAGAUCUGCAUUUUCCUGAGUGUUGUAUGUCACUUGGUGAUGAUGGUGGAAUGGAUAGCAGGCAUGAGUUGGUAGAGCUUACUGACGCAGUUCAAGCGCAGCUCAAAGAACAGCAUCUUCAGACCCUCCCAUCACUUGUAAACAAGAUUCAGCAGCUUCACUUAUCCCUGACGAGCUCAAAAUGUGUUUUGCUGUGUGGACCAUCUGGAAGUGGAAAGACAAUGACUUACAAGACACUCGCCUCAGCCUAUCAAUAUAUCAGAGAGCUGAGAGCCCUUGGAAAAUCCUCGAAAGCUUCAAAAGCUUCAAACCGAUUUGAUAAUACAAAAAAGUGUGAACAAUAUCCUACCAUUGACAUCACAGUGCUCAACCCAGCUGCAUACACCUAUGAUGAGUUGUUUGGGUUCUACAAUGGUUCUUGUGAUGAGACUGGACAUCAACAUUGGAGGGAUGGAAUUCUCACCAGGAUAUUCAGACAAAUACAAUCACUAGACGAAGGCAGGGCAUCCAUUACCACCGACACUUCACGAGAGGUUGAGUCAGUGGUCCACUGGAUUGUACUGAAUGGUCCUGUAGAUAGUAUGCUUACAGAGAUGCUUGCUUCACUUGUCAGUGGAGAAGGACUGUUUCUCUCCAAUGGAGACAAACUAAACCUUCCUGGCUCUUGCCAAGUGUUGGUUGAGACAAACAGCCUUGCUGAGCUGAGCCCUUCUUUCAUAGCGCACUCACCCCUCCUCUACUUCAGUGGGGGUGUGCUCACAUUUGAUGCUGUGGUCGAUACAUGGUUGGACAGGGCACCAACACAACAUAACCUCAGUGCCAUGAGCACUGAAACUAUGGCAAACAUUAUCAAGAAACUUCUGCCAGAGACUCUCGAAUACUUGCACAAGACAAACACAAAGUGUCUAGGCACAUCAUACUCACUCUGGGCCUCAUCUCAGACGUAUGGAUUGAUCGAGACUCAAUCCUUUCUUAACUUUCUCUCAGCCGUUCUGGAGCGUAAUUCUCCUAAAAUUGAGUCAAGUGUGACGCACACAGGGAUGGCCAGUAGGAGCAGCAGACUCAGCAGCAGGGCAAGCAGUGCUGUGCUCAAUAGUUUCAGCUCAGCGUCAAUGCAAGAGCAUAGCAAUGUCUCAAUGGUAACUUCCAAGACUAGUGUGAGCAUUGAAGGGGAACCACUCGAGCCAUUGCCAGAUGACCUCUCGGACUGCAAUCUGGAGGUGGAGUUUGGCCUUUCCUUGCAAUUCCAAAUGGCCUCAAUGCUAACGUUUUCAUACAUCUGGUCUCUCGGUGUUUUCUGUCCUUUCAGUGAGCUUUCCUCUUUUAGUGACUUUGUUCGGGAAAUGAUAGGCAGCUACAUACCGUUUGAGAUGUCUGUACCUGAAGAGGGCUCUGUGUUUGACUAUUACUUGAACUUGAGACAGUACAAGUUUUUACCGUGGUCAGAGAGAAAGGGAGGUGGGAGUAAGGAUGUAUCUGCGAGUGGAUAUGUCUCCUUUCCCGAAUUGGACCGCUACACAUAUAUCAUAGACCUGUACAUAUCGUAUGGGUUCAAUGUGAUGAUUGUCGGUGGCAAAGGAUCUGGGAAGAGCUCACUCGUUCAAAACGUCCUCCAAAUGCAACGUCCCAUCACAAGAUUACCAAUAACUCCUACCCUUACAGCUGGCCAACUUCAAGAGAAAAUUCUAACUCGGGUCAGUGACAUUGAGAAAAGAGCUGGGCAAAGAUUCUCACAUAGACAGUCAUCGCCAAUGAAGUAUUUAUUUUUUCUGGACGAUGUUCAUGUUGCAGCUAGAACUAAUUUUGGGUCUGGGAAUAAAGUCUCUACUGUAUUGGAGCUCACUAGAUUUGUCUCCACUCAUCGUCAGCUCUACGAUUAUUCUAGAAACUAUCUGCACACUUUCAACGAAGCUCGAUUUAUUUGUUCGUGCACUCCUGAGGAAUAUUGGAGACUGCCGAUUGAGUUUUCUCGAGCGUUCAGCUCUGUGCCUUUCCUACCUCCUUCUGACAGUUGUCUUAGGCACAUAUUCUCUAGAAGUGUUUUACUAUGGUUACAGGGGUUUCCGGAAACUUCAAUUGGAGAUCCUGAAAUAUUUGCUGAGGCUCUUGGUACUGCUUCUGUGGCUGUGAUUCGUAGCUUGGCUGAUAAAAUCUGUCCCUCUCCCUCAAACCCCCAUUUUACUUUCUCGUUACAUGACUUCAUGCACGUGUACGAAGGCUUGUUGCUUCUCUCACCGGACACUAAGACUAAGUCCCAACCACAAUUCAGUUUGCUAAAUCGUAGGGGCUUCCUCAGCUCAACACAAAGUGAUCAAUCUCUUCGGAAAAAAUCUAGUAGUAAACAAAAGAGACGUUCUUUGCCAUCCUUGAGCGUGGGCUCUAAUCAGAAUCAACUGAGAUCUCGCAAGAGAGGAUCCUCUUUGGCUGGCAAUUUGCUCCUCAAUGAUCAAGCUCAGUCUACCAUACGAAUGGUGAUAAGACUCUGGUGUCAUGAGACAACACGUGUGUAUUUGGACAGGAUUGUGGACAGUAAAGAUAGGAUCUGGUUCACAAAGCUGCUUGAAGUGUGUAUCAAGUACUGUUUCUGUGGAGAUGAUCUAAGUGGCUCAACAACCAAAUCUAUACCACAACAGAGGCAGCUCGGUGGAACAGCAUCUUAUGGAAGUCGACGUGUACGUGGUGGGUCAAUGAGAGGUGGCAUACUGCCCCAGUCCUCAUCGGAUGGUCCUAAACUGGAGGAUCUGGUCAAAAUGGGGGUCAGGGUGGAGGUCCUGCAGCAACUGAUGCCCCCCGGUGAUGGUGGCAGUGGACUCACUAAGCUACUUGCUCUAGAUCAAGUGACGAUGAAAGGAGAAGAUUUGACAGAGUUGAUAUUUGCUCAGUUUCCUAAGGUUGCCAACUCAAAUGUCGAAGAUUCAACUUCUGCUACUGAUUCACCCUCUGAUAGUCCCAACUACACUGAACUGGGUGAUGGACAGGUCAUGGACAUACUGAAGAUGCACAUUGGAGAUUUGAAUUCAGGAGAUGGAUUAGUCUUGUUCAAGGGAGCCAUUGAGCAUGCAGCACGAAUAUGCAGGGCAAUGAGUUUGGUUGGAUCUCAUGCAAUGCUCAUUGGCACUAGGGGCUGUGGAAGAAGGACCCUGGUCAGACUCAUGUCACAAAUCUUUAAAGCCAAGUUGUUUGAAGUCAGAUCAGCAGGAAACAUUCUGAAAGACACCUUAAGAGAUGUGUGUGUGUCUGCUGCCGUAGACUCGCAACCAACAGUUCUACUGGUCACUAACACUGACGCACUCAAGUCUCAAGAUUGGGAGAAAGUACAACUCCUGAUGAAAAAUGGACUAUGCCCUAGGCUGUUUACCACAUCUGAGCUGCUGGUGAUGAGCAGCAAGCUCCAGAAGGGCAGAGUGAAGAACACUACCGAUUUUGCCCAACAGAUAUUUGCCAAGACAGUCAGGAAGCACCUACAUGUAUUCAUAAUCUGGGACGUAGACAACACCACUGAUACCCUCUUCAGUACAACCACUGCUAAUAACAAAUCACUAGGGGAGGAGCAAAUGAGGGCCGUCUUUUCAUCUCUAUGUCAGGCUUGCUCGUACAUUGAUCAUGUCACUAGCUGGACAAAGCAAGAGUACACUGACAUAGCUUUGAGAUCGUGGCAGCAAGGAUUUAGCAAUACAGGCGGUACAGCUGUGAGGUUGCAGGAUUGGAUUGAUACCAGCAGUCAACUGGAGGCAGUAGGCAUGCUCGCUACACACAUUCACCUCACAACCUCAGAGCUACUGACCAGGAUAAACGGGCGUCGAUCCAGCACACUAAUCUCACCAAAAGUCUUCAUUGAGUCUUUGAGAAUUGCUCAGGAACUGGCUGUCAAAUUCAUAGCUCAAGAAAAGGUGGAAGAGACCCGUUUGGAGAUGGCUCUACAGAAAAUGGCCCAAUUGGACAGCACUGUGUAUGAGUUGGAGCAGGAGCUGGGGGUACUGAAGCCACAGCUGGCCGUGGCUGAGCAGGAGGUGCAGCAGCGAAUGAACCAGAUAACGACAGCCAAGGAAAAGUACAUGGCAGCCAACCAGAGGUGUAAGACAGCUGAAGAUACUAUAAAUAGUGAAACAAGAAAUGUGGAACGCUACUCUAAAAUGGUCAAAGAAAGAUUCAAUGAGGUGUCACCAGUCUACUACUCAGCACUUCAUGCUUUGUCCUCUGUUAAGAAGAAUGACACUCUUGAAGUAAUGGGCUACCGAAACCCACCAGACGUGCUCAAACCAGUUUUUGAUGCCCUUUGCAUGCUCUUUGAUAGGGAACAAACGUGGGAGGAUUGCCAGCAGUUACUUAUUUCACCAAAUUUCUUUGAGAACUUAAGGUUUUUCGAUAAGGAUAAUGUUCCUAAACGAAAGCUGCAUCGUCUUAAUAAAAUUAUCAGUAGACACUCAAAGUUUGAGAUGCUUGCUCAAGGAAGUCAGGCUGUGAUCUCACUGUGCUCCUGGCUUAAUGCUUUGAUAGACUAUCACAACACUAAGACGGCAGUGCAGCCUUUUAGAGAGAGUCUGGCUAAAGCGGAGAAAACACUGCUAGAUGCAAACAAGACAUUUGUUGAGAUGCGUAGAGACAUGAUGGAUACAAAGUUAGAGCUUGAAGAGACGGUGAAAGUACACAAGGAGAGUGUGCAAAAACAAAGAUCAGUUGAACUCGAAAUAGAGGGCAUUCGCUCCAAGCUUGACCAUUCCAAUCACCUUUUAUCCACGAUAUCCAAACAAAGACAGAAAUGGGAAGAAAGUAUCAAAAUCACCAAAGGGAGGAUUGAUUCUCUCCCAGGUCAUGCUGUACUGUGCUCAGCAGCCGUCUGCUACUUGACCAGAGUCCCGCCCAAUAAGCACAAUGACCUGCUCUCUGCUUGGUUAGGCUACUGCAAUGGCAGCAUUAGUCUGGGAAACUUGUCUGAGGAUCGUGGAGGACUACAGUCUACACAGGGAUAUAAAGUGCACGGAGGACAGCAACAAGUUGUACGGAUACAAAAGGACUUCACAGUUGCUGCCCAUUUUUCUGAAAAAGCAGAGCGGUCUCUGUGGGAGCAAGAGAGCACAUUUCCUGAUCAAAUCCUCCUUGAUAGAUGUUUGUGCACAAGAUUCUACUGUAGAGCUGGAAGCUGUAGCUGGCCUCUGGUAUUUGACCAGUACAGUCAGUUCAAGGGCUACCUGGAAGCAUUAGAAAAGCAAUCAAUCACAGCUUCUCAAUUAGAAAGAGAGAGUAGCUCAACUGAACUUGGGGCAGUUCUCCAAAUGGACCUGCAAGACUCUGACGUGGCUCAGAGGCUAUCUAAAGCCAUGACCACUGGACGCACAGUAUUACUGUUAAUCAAGAAUGUGACAAUCUUACAAGACGAAAAGGAAAAUGUGAAUUUUUUGUCGAAGGUGUUCAGAAGAGGCUAUUUCCGAAAUGGCGGCCAAACUUUUCUUGACCCAUCUUGCAGCGUUCUUGUACACCCCCACUUCAAGCUGUAUAUUGUGAUUGAGCAGAGCCUAGAAGAUGUGAUGCAAUCGACUGCCUAUUUCAAUAGUGUGGGAUCUUUUUGUGGUAAUGACUGGUCUUCUAUAUUCGUGGUUGAGCUUGGAUUGAGCCUCAAAGGACUCCAAAGUCACCUUCAAAAGCUGAUUCUGAAGUACAAAAAACCAGAAUACAGUAUUCGCUACAAGUCACUACUAACUGACCUGACACUACAUCAUCAACAGCUUGAAAACAAUGAGAGAGCCGUUAUUGACAGUGUGGUGGACACUCCUACCUCUCUUCUGGAGGUGCCUGAUCUCCUCGUGACUAUUCAAGAAAGUGAAUCAUCAGAUGCUUCAACUCUAGAGCUUAUCCACGAAACAAAUAAGAAUAUCAGGACAUUCAAUCAGCAGUCCCUUGCCUACAAAUCUCUUUCGGAAUAUUCCAGUUUGCUGUACACCUGCAUACGGAGACUCCAACAAUGUUUCAGAUAUUUCAAGUUUCCAUUGGAUCAGUUUGAGGUUUUGUUUAGUGAAGUUCUCACCAAUUCAAGCAGAGGAGUGAAAGUGCCAGACAACGUUAUGGCCAUUAAUGCUCAUGUCCUCCACCUAAAGCACCAGCUACUGUCAGUUGUAUGCAAUACCCUCAAGGUGCACCUGUUUGAAAGGCAUCAAAUUCUACUCUUAUUGCUGGUGGGCCUCGAGUUUAUGAAACACCAGGGUAAACUGGUAUCAGAGGAGGUCGAGGUGCUCGGGAGGGUUCUUCUAUUGACUGAGGGACAAAUUGAUUUAUCUUCAUCUUCAUCUGAUCCAAGCUCUCAAUACGAUCCACUCAAGCCUUCAUGGAUUAGUGAUGAGUCAUGGUGUGCUGUGCUUCAGCUUCAAAAGGGUCUCCCCUCCUUUAGACGGCUAUCCACAGAGAUAGUCAAUCACAGUUGUGAAUGGAAUGAAUACUUGAAGUCCUCCCCCUCUCUCCUGAUGCCUGUACCUGGUUAUGGUGACAACUGUUCAAUGCCACAAAAGCUUCUCUUGUGGAGAGUUUUACGACCAGAAAUGUUUUCUGAAGCUGCAAAGGAUUUUAUCCUUCUGACCUUCGGCACAGACUUCACCAACACACACCCCUGUACCAUUGGCUCGAUUCUUCCUUACACCAACCCUACCACCCCAACAUUGUGUUACUACUCAAACAGCGUUAGCUUCCCUGAAUCUCUGAAGCGAACUGAAGCUACCAGGGAGCUGUGUUGUGUUGCUCUGAUUGAUGAGCACCACUUAGUUACCAUUGAGUCUCAGCUGUCAUACCUCAUGCAAGACGGGCACUGGCUUGUGGCUGAGAAUCUCCAAUUAUGUCACAACCCAUCAGAAAUGUUUUCAUCGCUUAGCAAGGUACUUAGUGAAUUGUCCAAAGAAGUGACUGUCCAUCCAGACUUUAGAGUAUGGAUACCUUUGCCCCUUGACUGUUUUGUUGCAACUGAUUUGGGAGGAGGAUUCGCUUUUGAAUACAAAAGCUUUGAUUUUUCUCCGAGUAGCAACCAGCUUAUUUAUGAUCUUCAAACCGUGAUCAAUUACACAUCUACUAAAGAUGGGGCCUCCAAAACCAAUUGUCAAAAGUGGGAAGCUCAUAUCACUCUGAUUUCAAAGCUUCAGAACUUUAUCUCUCAACCUCUUUCUCUGACUGACCUGGCUGAACUCGACCCAAACCAAGACACCUCACAAAACAUUUUACCGCUUAUCUUUGAAGAGUUGGCGUCAACAAACAGAAUAUUGACGUCCCUACAAUCUUCACUUUGGAGUCUGUAUAAUUAUUUAAAUGGACAUUUACGAUUUACAGCACAAAUUGGAGCCACAUUGACAGCACUGAGCAACAACUCGAUACCUGCAAAUUGGGCUUACUCACUUUCAACUGACCACGGUUUCCCAAGAACACUCGUGCCAGCACUAAAACUCUUGAGGGAGAGAUUUUCAGUUUAUGUCGGUGUUUUACGGAGUGGAGCUGUACCCAGUGAAACCAGUCUAUUGAUGAUCUCCAAGCCCGAUGACCUAAUAUCACGAACCAUGCUCUCGUUUGCAAAGGAACAUGAGCUACACCCUUGCAAUGUGACUGUACAAGCACAGGUGUUACUGAGACCCGGAGAUGAUCAAGUUCAUGAGCCGUGUCUCGUGUUGAAAGACCUUCUCCUACACAAAGCUACACUCGACAGUCAUGGUCACCUUGUAUGUGACAUUCACGAAGGAGCUAGCAGUGGACAGUCAUGCUGGGUUGCUGUGUAUUUCGAUAACAGGGAGAAUGCCAACAAACUGAUUCUAAACUGCCCUGUCUUUAUAAACUCUGCUUAUAGAUUCACCCUUCCACUGGUUAAUACUCACUGUGAGCUUGACUCAAUUAGUGACAAGAUUUACCUCAGUUGUGACAACACCAAUUAACCUUAUAAUCACUUAAUUAAUUAAUUAUCAGUUCUUUUUUUAAAACACAGUCUCUGUUACGUUGUGCCCAGCCAGUACAUGCUUCAUGAAGAAAGUUUGUUAUUAAAAUUAA